UAAACAAAAAUCGUAUUCGUUAUUUCAACCAUUUUUAAAAUAUAGUUUAUUUUAUCAAAUUGUUCGGAAUAAAGCGAAUUAACGCUUGGAAUACAAAUGUAUUAACAGUGCACAUACAAAAUUAUGUCAAUAGCAAAAUUAUUUGUAAAAGUUUUCGGUGAGGAUAUUUUCGAACAGAUUAGUACGGUUGAGAAACAACAGCCAGAGGAUGAUGACGAUGAGGCUGGUUGCUCAGCUUCUCAAGAUACUCCAAAGCCACCUAAACUGGAUGAAAUGAAACUACCUGAGCAAAUGGUCCUUGUAAGGAAUUGGCUAAACGAACGUCUCAAUGUCAUAGAAUUAAAUAGUGUACAUGCUAUAAAAACGCAGCGCGUGGACAUGGUCUCAAGGCUUGGUCCAGAACAGACAAUAUGUGAUAUUGAUUUUACAUCGACAGUGCGGAUAUCAGCCGAUAGGCUAUCGCUUCGUUCACAGGGUAGUUUCAAUACUAUUAAAGCAAAUGUUUGCGUUUAUGGUGGGCGCUGGAUGUAUGAGGUUCUUCUUCAUAGCAAAGGCGUAAUGCAAAUUGGUUGGUGCUCCAACAAAUGCACUUUUAAUGAAAACAGCGGUGUUGGCGAUACAAAAUGGAGCUAUGGUUAUGAUGGUAGCAAGCAACAGAUAUGGCAUAUUUCAACAUCAAAAUAUGGCGAUAAAUGGCAAAUUGGCGAUAUAAUUGGUGUCAUCAUCGAUGUUGAAAAUGAAAAAAUUGAAUAUUUUCGCAAUGGCCAUACCAUGGGUGUUGCUUUCACCAAACUAGAACGCGGCCCUGGUAUAUCAUUUUUUCCUGCCGUUUCACUUGGUUAUAAUCAAGGUGUACAAGUAAAUUUCGGCAAUGUGCCCUUUAAAUAUCCUGUUGAAGGUUUUUUGCCAAUACAACCGAAGCCAAUUGUACGCCUACAAAAAGCUGAUCUCCUGCUUGGUUAUUUAGUAAAUUUGUCGUCUGUGUUAGCACACAAUCCGACGUGCAAGAAAAAGGAUCACAUUGAAGGUAAAAUAUCCACUAAGAAAACAGUUUAUGUUGUGUUUACAACACUGCUGAUUGAGAAGCUUACACAUGUGCUGUUCGAUCCAUACGUCAUCGAGGACAAAUUGCUGCCGCAUAUUGUAAAUUUGUGUACGACUAUAAAUGCAACCGAUAAGGAUCCGGCUAUAAUACCGGGUACACCUGAAAGCACAUUGGGUGUGCUGCUAUCUAUAUUGUGGAAUUAUUUGGAAAAUGAGGAAGUGAAAUAUGUCAUGCGUAAAUUGGUGAAUGCAUUGUUGUCUACAUAUACACACACACAUACCGCUCUGGAUUAUGGGAAGCAAAAGCAUGCCAUCACGAUACUCACAUGUAUAUGUACGCAUACACAAACGAGAAAAACAUAUCUGGAGUACAAAUUUUUCAAAAAACAUUGUUUGGCUUUACUAAUGUAUAUACGUCCACCUGAAUAUAAAUAUAUGCAGCAACUAGUGCCCGAUCCGAUUGUUUGGACAGAGGGUGUUGGCGGUCCGAAGCAAAAAUAUCUGGCGCAAGUUGAGAAAAUAGCUAAAGCCACCGAAAGCCUUUAUAAUGCGCAGAAAAAUCUCCUAAUACUAUUACUCACUAACACGGAUGGUGACGAGUUGGCGCCGUCGAGUCGAAAAAUAUUUAUAUCCAAAUUGCGUCGUUACGUUAUGGACCUUAGUAUGGAGCAGCGACCUUUCCAUUCGUUCUUCCUUAUGCAAUCUAGCAUAAUGCAUCCGAUGGAUUCCACAGUGGCGCUAUCAUUUAUUUGCAUACUCAUCGAUGCCACCAAGUUGCUGUUUGAGCGUGAAUUGCCUGCCGCAACUGUUGAGGUCAGACCGGAGUAUUUUUUCGAUGGUACAUUUGAAUAUCAGCAUUUCGAUCGGGUGGGUGGUGUGCUGUCGCAUUUACGUAAGGUGCAUCGCAAUGAUAUAUCGACACAUUUGGGUGCUGAACGCGCACAUGAGCUAUUAGAAGAGGAUCGCACCAUGAUGCGUGUGGGCGAGCUAGUUGAUCCAAGUAUGUUUCUUACAACGACAAAUCUUAACAAUAUCGCAAUAGUAGGCGCGCAGGGCGGUCCUGCUGCCACCUUUACACAUUUCUUCAAUCCGCGUUUGAAUCCUGUGCCAGAUCCAUCGCCUGGUAAUAGCAAUACGGAGAGUUCGCUCUCGGAAAUGUUCGAUAUCUGCGUGCUCUACUACUAUUCGGUCGGACAUAAGUAUAUUGUUAAGAUAUCAUCGGUGCGUGAUGAAAUUGCGGCAUUAAACGAGGUCCUCCGCGAAACCAAAUUUUAUCGUGAGGACGUUGAGCGCAAAUUGAAAGUGUUGGAAGAUCAUGCUAGUGUCUGUAUGAAUGAAAAUCAUUCCAGUAUAGUUUCAGAUCUAAAGCAGAAAUUUAGUCAGCGUGAAAAUGUGUUCGCUAAACGUUCCAUUGAAUUGGCGCGCAAGCAGACUUGGUAUCGUGCGGUUGCGCUGGGCAAACAACGACGCAUGACCAUUGUGUGGUUGCUGGAAAAAACGCUGCAUACAUUAAAUGCCUCCUCACAACUUGGUCCCUUGUUCUCAUUUGUACCUGAAGUGUAUGUCAAUAUACUGCCAAUUUUAUUAGAUACUGUAAUGGAUUUUAGUCAUCAUGAUCUCUAUGUGCAGUUUGAGAUAACUGACGCCGAGUGUGCCGUCAACUUGUCUGCUGAAUUCCUCGGCUUACAUUCCGCUGAUCCACGCAUCAUUUUGGCCUCAUGCAAGGAUUCGCUGCUGCAAGCGCUGGGCACAUUAACUUGUCAUAAAGCUGGGGUGCGCGCUUUGGAGCGUGCGUCAAAGAAAAGUCAAGUUGCGCUGGUGAAAUCUCUCCUGCGGCCGUAUGAAAAUCGCGCCUGGGGUCAAAGUAAUUGGCUACUAUUGCGUUUUUGGCUUGGCGAUGGCUAUGCAUACCGCGAUUCGCGACAACCAAGCAUAUGGCAGGGUGGUAAUCAACCCAUACAAAUGGGAUUGUGUCGCAGUCGUGCCAAAAACGAAACGCACACCGGUCUGUUGCAUCAUAUUGCGCCGGCGAAUCCAUCGCAUCACUUUCAAAAGUUAAUCGGUCAAAAACUCUCAGAAGAUGAGCCAUUCGCAACGGCUUUCCUCAACUCGGUGCUCAGCCAGCUUAAUUGGGCAUUUUCGGAGUUUAUUUUGCUGUUGCAGGAGAUACAAAACACAGCACAUCGCCAGGAGAAUGCCGUUUUCGAGCCGAAACAGUUGAAAAUAUGUUCGAUGUGUUUUGAGUUAACGGUUUCUUUGAUGCGUUGCUUGGAAAUGAUCAUUACAGUGGCGCCAGACAUUUUCCAAGAACCAUCGCGUUCCAACAGCGAUUUGAUAUUGAAUCGUGUAUGUCAGUUGAUUAGUCAGGUGUUGUCGCGCGUCACAGUGCCACCGGGUUGCUUUCAAUUCAUCGUCGAUAUGUGCUCGUCAGACUUGAAUUCGGUAACACAUUUCCCCAUUAUAACCGCCGCGCUGGGCAUCUUAUUGGCAUUACUGCGCUCCGAACUCGACACGGAUCGCAAUCCACAGAAGGUAACGCGCAUCACACGCGCCCUACUCACCGAUCCCAGCUUUCAAUUUGCCAAUUUGGAGUUCGCUUUGGGCGAGAUUAAAACGCCCAUAUUGCAACAGACCGAAAUACCACGCGGAAAUUUCGAUCCACAAACGCGCGCGCAUAUCGAUCCGCUAACCAACGAUGUGCGCGUACCGGUGCCAUCGACCUCAUCGAAAAGAAUACGCGCCGAUCCGCCGAUCAUUAAAUUUGCGCUCUCUGAUUAUCCCACACAUGUCACGCCGGCUGAAAUCGAAGAAGUGCGUCGUCUCAUUGAAAUGUUACGUUUGAAACAAUCACUACUCUCAGAUAUCACAUUGCCUUCGGAGGAUUCGCUUUGUCCGAUUUGUUGUGCCAAACCGAUAACGGUGAUUUUCACGCCUUGCAAACAUCAAUCGUGCAGCAAUUGCAUUAUGCAACAUCUCAUGAAUUCCAAGGUGUGCUUCUAUUGCAAGACCCUUAUACAAACUAUCGAAACCAAUGAGGGCACAGUGAUUUACAACAACAACGAAUAUACAUCAGCACCAACAUUCUUUGAGAUUUAGUAAAGUAAAGCAAAGCAGGGCAUAGUGUUAAAUACUGUCUGACCACCCACCUGAUUCUAGUCAAAUAUUUGUGACAACUUCAGUAAACUUAAUUACAAUUAGAACUGCCUGAAAUUAUAUUUAUAAAAAACAAGUAGUUUACGAAAGUUACAAAUUUUUACAAAAUGAAAAACAGAGAUGCAUUUGUUUCAGCUUUAAAUGUUAAUGUGAUACGCUUUAUUCAUCGAAUAAACUCAUUUACACUCGCGUUAAAAAUUAUAAUAUAUAAUGCACGAAAAACACGCCACUUACAACAAAAACACACAUAAUGCAGUGUGUGAAAAUUGCAAAUAUUUUAUUGCACUCAAAAGCACGCUUCAAAGCAAUUUAUCCAAGCAAUUUUAACGAAGUUUUAUAUUAAUGCUAUUUACAAGUAAAAUAGCAGAAUGCAAAAUCUAAAUAAAAAUCAAAUAGAAAAUUACUCACAAUCCAAUAAAAAUGCAAGCUGGCAAUGUUAUUUAUGCAGAAAUACAGCAGAAAUUGGCUAAAUGUGCUUAAAGCAUGAUUAUUAUGUUAACACAUACAUACUAUAAUGUAUGUGGUUAUAAAUAUCACAAGAAAAUUCUACAAAAGGAAUAUUAUUUAUACAUAAACUGUGUAAAGGAUAUUCAUAGUUUACUUGUCAUACCAAAAAGUUUAAAAAUUAAAAUAAAAAUACCCUUAUGUACAAUAAA